UAUUGUUAUUAUUUCUUAUCCAGUUCAACCUGCAUCCUAAAUAUCUGAACGUCAUUUCUCGGUAUCUGUCAUUUGUUGAUACGUGCGAAGCAAUCAUGUUUACCUCGCAAACUUCCAUGCAAACGUCCUCCUUCCAAGAUUCAAUUGACGUGGAAGAAAAGGAUACGGAUUAUGAUAACGAAGAGAUGGGAUAUAAUCAGAAAAUACAGUUGAACUGUUACUAUACCAUUUAUCUCUACCAAGGCACCAGAUCUGAGGCAGCUGCAGAGGGCAACGUGGCAUGGAGCCAGAGAAGAACAGAUUCCACAGCCAGUACCAGUCAGGAAGACUUUAGCCUCACCCUAGUGGACAGCAGCCUGCCGGUAGAGGCGGAGCCUGAGCUACGAUGCUACAUCUCCCGGAGGCUGAGCAAAGGAGCCCUGCUCGGGGGCAUGGGAAACAUUGCCGCCGUGGAGCUCAGUGUCCCAGAGGCAGCGGUGGGCUGUUACUGCUGUCUCCUGGAGCAGGAGAGAUCCCCAGAGCAGCCCGACGUGGACGGCAAUGGCUAUGUGAUCUGCCUGAUGGGAGGCUCUGAGAAAGGCCUCAACCUGUUUAGACUUGAACUGGACAAGUACGUGCAAGGCCUGCAGAGCAGUCUACAGACUGCUGAGCUGGUGAACCUAGAGACUGAGAUCAGGCCCUACCUGAGCAUGUGGUACGAGGAGUCGGUGAUGCACAUCCACAGAGUGGUGCAGAUGGUCCAGGGGAGCAUCAGCUUCCUGCUAUAUGCUGCUCUGAGUCACAUACACGUGGAGGUCACCAAUGCAGAUGACAGGACCAAGGCUGAUGUUGCUCGGUUCAUUAAGGCAGCCAGUCUGCAGGGCCUGGUCCAGGAGGACACUACCACAGCCUCUCUGUAUAAGGCCUCAGAGGCUCUUACUGACCUGGUCAUAGACUGCUCCACCAGCCCUCCUACACUCUCCAACACAGUCAGUAACCGUUUCUGUGACGGUUGGAUCCAGUCAUUCCUGAACGCAGCAGAACGCUGUAACCCUUUCCUCCUCAGACAGAUCCUGGAGAACUUCAAACUCAAGGCCAUUCAGGACAUGAACAGUCUGAAGCGGUUCAUCCGCCAGGCUGAGUCGAGUCACUACGCUCUGUUCCGCUGCUGCCAGUUCCUGCAGGGCUGUGGGAAUGGGGACGUGCUGCUCCAGAACGCCCACGCCGAGCACCGGGACCUCCCUGAGGCCUGCAGCAUCAUCCGCGUGCUGGACCAGUUCCUCAGCGAACAGCAGGCCCAGGGAUGAGGAUAGGGAUGAGGGACACUGACACACCGCAGCCACCAGGUCGGCGAUAGUUAAAGUCAAAUUGGCAGUGACACCUCGAGGGCGGCGGUAGUUCAACUCUAACCUACCCAGUCUCAACACCAUGGCCUGUAUUUAUAAAUGAUCCUAUAGAAGUCACAACUCCUGUUCUGAGAUGUGAAUUUGUGAAUACAGGCCCAGACCUGUGUGAAAUAGGGGUGUGCUUGAUUUGAGUUAGCCACUUUUGGGUCCAUUUCUUUUGUUCAAUUGUUGUACCAGACUAACUAAAUCAAGCACAGCACAAGGAUGUGGAAGUAUUUGACCCAGGUCUCCUCACACGGGAACUGUUCCAUGCUAGAUGUCAGUGUGUAUCUGUAUUUGACCCAGGUCUCCUCACACGGGAACUGUUCCAUGCUAGAUGUCAGUGUGUAUCUGUAUUUGACCCAGGUCUCCUCACACGGGAACUGUUCCAUGCUAGAUGUCAGUGUGUACCGUAUUGGGAACUGUUCCAUGCUAGAUGUCAGUGUGUACCGUAUUGGGAACUGUUCCAUGCUAGAUGUCAGUGUGUACCGUAUUGGGAACUCUUCCUUUACCGUUGGUGUUUUACAGUUGGUCCCUGUCUUCCAUUUGGGGUGUGAUUGAAUAGCUUUUACCCAGAAGAAACAGACCAAG